GUGUGGGGAUCCAGUUGAGUUCCCCGCACUGAGCAGGCUACUCUGGCGUUCUUCCUUCCUCGGGUGGACACGGUGACCUUACCGCACCUGCCUGUUUCGUCUGCCCGGCGGGUGAGCUAGACUGGACUAUUCCUCCCUGCCCCUCCUGAGGUCGGGCCUGUCCCCACCCUCCGCCCCAGGGGACAAAGGCCGAUUUGUGGGCAGGAAGUGCCCUGGUGAUAGAUGAACCUCCUGACAGCUACUGCUCCCCAGUCCUGAGCUAAUGGGGGGCCUGCUCUCCACCCCCCUCCCACCCUGGACAGGCCAGGUGGAACUCAGGGGACCUUGGAUGCCCAGCCACUCUCCUGGCUGUCCCAGGGACCAUUUUGAUAAAAUCUUUUCUGCUCAGGCUGUUUGUGGGUGAGACUGCCCCUUGCUGUCACCAACUCCCUUAAAGUACCUGUUCCUCGAGGAGACUCAGAGCCACGUGAGCAUCAACUUCUGCUGGGCGUGUGGCUGGGGGGUCAUUUUGAUUUGCCUCCUGUAGUGGUCCCAGUGAGAAAUCCAGAUAAGGUUCACACAGGUGUUCUGUGAUCUGUGAGGGUGGAACCAGUCCUGAGAUUCUCAGGAAGAAGCCACUCAACCUGACAAACAGGGUUUGGUCCUUUUGGGGAACACACCGUGAAUGCCAGCUGGAUUGCAGUCCAGUGUUUCUUAAGGAACUGCCAGGCUUGUUCUGGAGAGACCUAUAGGUGGAGCUGUUGUUCUUCUAGAGAGAAAGCGAUUAGCGCACCAGUUUCAACUACUGGGAAGAGAAAAGCUGUAUCUCCCACAGCACAUUCUAAUGGCUUCCAGAAAAACUGGCUUUCAGGGCUUCCAGAAAUUUCAGGAGCUGGAGAAGCUGGGGCUUGGCGACAGCGUGGACCUGCACAUCUAUGAGAUUCCAGUGGAAUACCAGACAGUUCAGAGGCUCAUCCCCGCCCUGUGGGAGAAGCACAGCCCACAGCUAGUGGUGCAUGUGGGUGUGUCAGGCAUGGCCACCACAGUCACACUGGAAAAGUGCGGCCACAACAAGGGCUACAAAGGACUGGACAACUGCCGCUUCUGCCCUGGCUCCCAGUGCUGCGUGGAAGACGGGCCUGAAAGCAUUGACUCCAUCAUUGACAUGGAUGCUGUGUGUCAGAGGGUCACUACAUUGGGCCUGGAUGUGUCAGUGACCAUCUCGCAAGAUGCUGGCAGGUACCUCUGCGACUUCACCUACUACACCUCUCUGUACCAGAGUCACGGCCGCUCAGCCUUUGUCCACGUGCCUCCCCUGGGCAAGCCAUACAACGCAGACCAGCUGGGCAGGGCCUUGCGGGCGAUCAUCGCGGAGAUGCUGGGUGUCCUGGAGCAGUCAGAAGACAAAAUCAGCUAUCGCCACAAACAGUGAAAGUCACUCAGGCCUCCCAAGACCUCGUCCCACCAGGGACCCCAGGAGGAGACAAACCUUGCAGCUGGGGAUCUGAUUCGGAUCAAAUAUUUCAAUUUACAUAACUCCUCUCCCUUUUCCUCCACAAGAGCACUGAUUGAUUUGAAGGAGG